CAAAGUAUUGAGAGCAACCAAGCAACGCAGGGCAGGGGCAUAAGUGGUAGUUAACAGCAAGAGAGAGGAAAGCAGAAUGAAGAAGGCAAGGGCGUUGAGCGUGGCAGUGAACGUGUUGUGUUUGGCCAUAGUUUGCAGUGCGAUCGAGUCACCGCAACACACAGUAGUACACUCCGAGUCCGAUUUCGAGAUCAGGCUCUAUCGUACCUCUGUUUGGAUGUCCGCUCCUGCCCUCGACAUUUCCUUCGAAAAAGCCACCUGGAAUGGCUUCCACAGGUUGUUCCAGUUCACAGAAGGUGCCAACUUGAAUUUCUCUCGAAUUCCAAUGACUAUUCCCGUGUUGACAACCGCGGUCCCCGGAGCGGGUCCUCUUCAAUCCCAAGGCUAUUACGUUAGUUUGUACUUACCCGUUAAGUUCCAAGGUGAUCCUCCGGUGCCUCUUCCAGAACUCAAUAUCAAGCCCUAUGAAUUCAGCAGCCACUGCGUUGCGGUUAGGAAGUUCUCUGGAUUUGCCAAGGAUGAGAGGAUUGUCAAGGAGGCUGAAAAGCUCGCCACGAGCCUGAGUAGGUCUCCCUGGGCUGAGUCCAAGACCGGGCGUGGUUACUCGAUUGCGCAGUACAAUACUCCGAUCCGGAUUGUCAAGCGCAAGAACGAGGUGUGGGUGGACAUUGAUGCUCCUGAAUUGGGCUGCAAGUCGGUCGGUGUUGCCGCGCAUUGAUUGAAGGGAGAAUGGCAGGGUGCAUUCCUAGUUGUGAUUACCUGCCUUCCUGUACAGGUUCUGUCUAAAUGUAACAAUUUGCUCUCUUGAUAUGUUUAUAUUGUGUAACUAUCCUGGAACAUCAUAGACUUGUUGUGUGUGUAAAUAAUAGGAUUAUGUGAGCGUUUCCACAGAUCAUGUCAUGGAAAAGAUAUUGACUCACUUGAAAGUGUGCAAAAUAAUUGGUUCGGAUUGAACCAGAUUGUAUCUGAACCUAAUUCAAAUUAGUUUUAUCCGAACUCAUUCUAAGAAAAAA